AUGCUUCUAUUCAAGUAUGUGUUAUACUUUGUUUUGGGGACUUUACUUAUUCCUAAUACUUGUAACUGUUUGAGGAGUUUAGAAAAUGAAAGGUCAGUUAAUUACUUAAGAGGUUCUCAAUCGGAGGACAGGGCCAAGAACUCCCCAAUGGUUCCAAAAUAUAUUCCAUCUCAGUCAUUACUAGAUAGAUAUCAAGAAUUAUUCAGAAAGUACCUUAGCAAUAUAGAUCAUUAUAUGACAAUGGUUAUUGCUAUUGAUAUAUUCAGCUCUCUAUGUUUUGUAUUUUGUUUGCGUGGCUUAUCAUCACCAGAAACUGCUAAGAGAGGUAAUUUAGUAGGAAUAUUAGGAAUGAUUGGUGCAAUAUCUGUGACAAUCUUACAACCUGGAUUUUCUCUACAAUGGAUGAUGUUCGUCAUUCCAUUUUGUGCUGCUACUAUUAUUGGUUUACCAAUUGCACACUUUGUUUCUAUGGUAAAUUUACCUCAGUUAGUAGCUUUAUUCCAUUCUUUUGUAGGACUAGCAGCUAUGUUAGUGGCAUAUGCAAAUUUGUGGAGUCCAUUUACACCUGAAAGUGUUCACACUGGGACUGUACAUGCUAUUGAAAUAUAUAUUGGAGAAUUUAUAGCUAGUUUCACUUUCACAGGUAGUAUUGUUGCAGCUGGGAAAUUACAUGAUAUUUUUUCAAGUAACUCAUUAAAAAUUCCAGGUAAGCAUUUCAUAAAUACAUUGUUAUUAUCUGGUAUUAUUGCAAUGUGUGGUUUAUUUGUUGCAUUUGAUGAUUUAUCAAUGAGAACAUACUUUUUAUAUGGUAAUAGUUUAGCUUCUAUGGUAUUGGGUUUGCACUUAGUGGCAUCUAUUGGUGGUGCUGAUAUGCCAGUUGUGAUAUCAAUGCUAAACUCCUAUUCUGGAUGGGCAACAUCUUUUACUGGAUUUAUGCUUCACUCCAAUGUACUCAUAAUUUGUGGAGCAUUAAUUGGAUCUUCUGGUACUAUUUUAUCAUAUGUUAUGUGCUGUGGUAUGAAUAGAUCACUUUUAAAUGUUAUUUUUGGUGGAUGGGAUGAAUUAGGAGUAGAUGUUGAAGGAGGUGAGGUUUUAUAUGACAUGUCUUCAGUAACUGAGACAACAAGUGCUGAAGUUUCACGAGAUCUUUUAUCUGUCAAGAAGGUCUUGAUUGUUCCAGGAUAUGGAAUGGCAGUAUCUCGUUGCCAAUCUGAAGUUGCUUCUAUAGCACAGGCAUUACGAAGUCGUGGAAUUAAUGUAGAAUUUGCAAUUCAUCCUGUUGCUGGACGUAUGCCAGGGCAUAUGAAUGUUUUACUUGCAGAAGUUGAGGUCCCUUAUUCUAUUGUUAGGGAAAUGGAAGAAGUUAAUCUUCAUAUGGAAGAUUUUGGUGUAGUUCUUGUUAUUGGAGCAAAUGAUACAGUAAAUCCUCUAGCAUUAGAAAAAAACUCUAAAAUUCAUGGGAUGCCUGUAAUUGAAGUUUGGAGAGCUAAGAAAGUUAUUGUCUCAAAGAGAAGUUUAGGUCGUGGUUAUGCAGCUAUUGAUAAUCCUUUAUUUUUCAAACCUAAUACGCGCAUGCUUUUUGGAAAUGCUAAGGAUAGAAUGACUGAGAUACUUUCAAAUAUAAAUAUUUUUGUACCAGAGAAGACAACCAAAAUUCUUGAUGACUCAAUAGAUUCUGAUAGUGAUUCAAAUAUAGAACAAUUAGAUGAUACUAAAGGUACUAGACCAACUGAAUCAACUAAGAAAAGUGGUAGUUCUAACUCUGAAGAAUAUCCAACUCCUUCUUUAACUCUGGGAGUCCUAAAGGAGGAUUCUGAAAAAGAAAAACUUGUUGCAAUAGCUCCAAACUAUGUUAAGAGGUUAAGAAGAAUAGGUUUUAGAGUUUUAGUUGAAAGUGGAGCAGGGAAUUAUAGCAAGUAUAGUGACAAUAUGUAUGAGGAUGCUUCUUGCACUAUUUUGGCAACUAAACAAGACGUAAUAAGUCGUUCAAAUGUGAUUAUAAAAGUACAAAAACCCUCUGAGGAGGAAAUCUCAUAUAUGACUUCAGGACAAGUAUUGGUCAGUAAUAUAUGGCCAGCACAAAAUCCCAACCUAUUACAGGAAUUAGCUGAAAAAGGAGUAACAACAAUUGCAUUGGAUGAAGUACCAAGAACAACUAGAGCUCAACGUCUGGAUAUUAGGAGUAGUAUGAGCAAUUUAGCUGGUUACAGAGCUGUUAUAGAAGCGUUUGCUCGCCUACCAAAGCUUUCUAAACCUUCAAUUACAGCUGCGGGCAGAGUAGAUGCAGCAAAAGUAUUUGUAAUAGGAGCAGGAGUUGCAGGACUGCAAGCAAUAGCUACAGCUCGUAAUCUUGGUGCCGAUGUAUAUGUAAAUGACAUACGAUUAGUAACAAAAGAAGAAGUAGAAAGUUUAGGUGGUAAGUUUGUAGCAGUAUCUAUAAAAGAAGAGGGUCAAACUACAGAUGGAUACGCAAGAGAAAUGAGCAAAAAAUAUCAAGAUGCCCAGCAAGCAUUAUAUAGUAAGAUGAUAAAAUCUUGUGAUGUAGUAAUAAGUACUGCUUUAAUUCCAGGUAAGCCAUCUCCUAAAAUUAUUACAGCAAAGAUGGUAAGGUCUAUGAAACCUGGAAGUGUUAUAGUAGAUAUGGCAGCAGAAAUGGCAGAUAGAAACAGUGGAUGGGGAGGUAAUUGUGAAUUAACACAUUAUAAUGAGAUUUUUGAAGAUGAAGUUAGUGGUGUUACUAUUAUUGGUUUAACUAAUCUUCCAGCUACUAUGCCUGCACAGGCGUCCGAGUUAUUUAGUAUGAAUAUAGUACAUUUAAUGGAAGAGCUUGGAGGAGCAGAGCACUUUUCUAUAGAUGUAAAUGAUGAAUUAAUGAAGUCUAUGGUCGUCACAAUGGACAAUAAAGUAAGAUAUGUUUUACCAGAGAUGCGACCCAAAUCUAAAGAUGUAAUAGAGAUAUCGGCAGAAAAUGAUGAAAAAGAUAUAUCUACAUCAAGUAUAGAAAUAUCACAUGGUAAUGAUCUAAAUCGAAUCUUGAACUCGGAUGCAAUGUUUUUUGUUUUUGUAUCUCUAAUCUUGGGAAUUUCAAUUGGAUUUGGAUUUGGUUUGGAUUCUGAAACACUAAAUAAUAUCUUAGCAUUUGUUUUAUCUGUAAUUAUUGGAUAUUAUUGUGUAUGGAACGUAUCUCCUUCACUACAUACUCCUUUGAUGUCUGUGACAAAUGCAUUAUCUGGAAUUAUUAUUAUUGGAGCAAUGCUUGAAUGUGGACCAGUUAAUAUAUUCUUUACAUUCCAAGUAUAUUCACUGUUCGUUCUUCUUGCCACUUUCUUUAGUGCUAUUAAUAUUGUUGGUGGAUUUUAUGUCACAGCUAGAAUGUUAUCCAUGUUCAACAAUACAGAAACUGAUCAUAACUAUUCUCUUAUUGCAUAA